GAAGAAGAAGCGUCCGGAUGUGGCGCGGGAAGAAAACACGACUUUUGGAUAGUUUAGUCACGGAAUAUAAACUAGAUCAACGUUUUUGUUGACGUUUUUGUCUCGAACGUGCAUGCGGAAGUAACGUGGAGCAGUGCGCGGGGCGGCUGCGUGACACGGUUCACUCUCUGACCAAACCUGCUGUUACAUAUCGCUCCUAUGGACCAGACCUCAGGAACAAUGUACGACAUUUUCAGAGAUCAUGUAUGGAAAGAUUUGGGACCACUUGACCCUGACUGGUUUGAGGCACUCACCGCGGAAGCAUCUGAGGAAGGAGAUGUCUUGGAUAAAGACAAACUGUGUGCCAACCAGGAAGAGCUUUGCGCCAACCAGGAAAAAAUGUGUGCCAACCAAGAAGAAACUCUCAUGGCCAACAGGGGGUGCAAGAGUCCAAUGUCCUCAACCCCCAAAGUCUUUCGACUCAACCACACUCUGUCCCCUGAAACGGACCAGGAUUCUGUCUCUGUCCAACAAGAAACACCCUGGAAAAGUAGAAGCCCGUGUGUGUCUCUGGAGAGGUCAUCAUCAUUUGAUUUAUUUGCACAUCUCCUCAGUCCCAAGAGCACAGACCAACCCUGCAGCCCAGUCCAGUCCAAGAGCAGCUAUGCCCGAGACAUCUCUGAAAGGCUUGGUGCACAAAUGGGGGAUAUAUCCUGGAGCAGUUCUUUAAACACUCCUCCACCCAUGCCCUCUACAUGGAUUUUAACCAGAAGAGAGAGUGAAAGUACUGUAACACUUUCUGGGGACACGAGUACGUUUGCUCGCAAGCUCUUUCACUGUAACCAAAGUGUGUCUGCAGCUGGGUCUAUCCUAGAGUCGGCUGUCGUCUCAGAAGAUGCUGAAGUGACUUCUUUGAACAGUAAAAUGGCUCCAACUGCCACCUGUAACACUGUAGACAGUCCUCUCGGAACUGAAAAUGCCAUCCACACAAAAAAACGUAGCUCUAUAUUUAGGAAAGUGAAAAAUGAGAGGAUUCAUAGGAGGCUCAUCACUCAUACAAAUGAAAACGGCGGUGAUGCGGUCGAGGCCUCAGUGGACAGGUCCAGUAAGCCAAUAGCUGAAAGCCCUUCUCUCUCCCAGUGGUCUCCUAUAAGCUUGUCUGAAGUUCAGUCUCAGGACUUUUCCCCAUCCGUUUGCCUGACUGCCUUGAAGCGAACUAAGCAGAGAGGGAACCAGGGCAUUACCCAAAAUAGUGAAAACAUCAGUGGUCAAGACCCUGCAUUGACUUUGAACCCAAGCAACAUCGAUGAUAGUGGCUUUUCAUCCACAACCAUUCCAGUUUCAGAUUUGGGAAAUAAAACCACACGAGAGAAAGAAAACAAGAAUAUUUCAGAUUCUGUAAGUUUCAGAACAGCUUCCAAUAAAAACAUUAAAAUCUCAUUGGCAAGCCUUUCUAAAGUCAAGACCCUUUUUAAUAAUAUAGAGGAGAUGCAAAAUGGCCAACGUACACUGCCCGAUGAGUUUGAAGCAAGUGAUGAUAAACGUAGUGUUUCAGGUAAUGAUUGGAAUCUUACAGUUUCACAAAAAGCAGAGGUAAAGGAACUCUGUGAAUUGCUAGAACAAUCAGACAGCCAGUUUGACUUUACACAGACCACGGUCCAAAACGUCAAUCAGCCUGUCAAGGCCUGUCCGACAUUAAAAUCAGAAGCACUCCGCUCCUGCUCACCUGCAAAAAUCCCUAUCUCGAAUCAGUCAGACAAAGCUGAGAAGUGUCCAACGUUGGGUGAGGCAUCAGAAACUGCUUUGAAAAUGAAAGGCCAAAAUUCAAGAAAUCAUUUUGAAGAAAGAAAUGUUAACACCUCAUUUACUCAAGGAUUUAAGAUGGCCAGUGGGAAAGGAAUUACUGUGUCAGAUCAAAACUUGCAAAAAUCCAAAGAGUUUUUCCAAGAUUUAAUUAAUGAUAUCGAUGAUGUGUCAACUUUUGGAAAAGCCUCUUUUAGAAAUGCAAAGCCACUGGACAAAAAUGAGACAAAUUCUUCUGGACCAUCUAAUCUCAGUGAAUCCCAUGGCGACAAACACUGGGUAUCGGCUAUUAAAAAAGCAAAUAUGUGUGAAGUGAACAAUAUCAAACCGGACCAUUCCAAAGCUCUGAAUGCACAAAAGACUCAUUUCGUAGCAGCUUGUAAAAAUACAUUGGUUGUAACAGCUCAGGCUAAGUGCCCUCUGGUUGAAACCAAUGAAGGUUUUUGCAACAAAGUGGUAAAUAGCACACUGAACGACACAUCAAGCCGAGAUUGUUCAAAACAUUCUCAAGAAUCAGUCGAGAUUUGCCUAGGACCUAAGACCACUGAACAACCUACUGUCAAAUGUGGUCAAUUCAAAGGAGACCCAAGGGACAGUCAUGUUUCAACAAAAAGAACUGGAUUUUUGACAAAUGACACCUUCAGAUUAACAUCUCAGGUUUCAAAUGAGAAUGACAAACCAGGAGAAAAUGGCAUAACAGAUGUUGAGACUUUACAGUGUUGCUUCAGAACAGCUCGGGGGACACAGGUUCAAGUGUCCAAAAAACACAUUGAAAAAGUGAAGCACCUCUGGAAAGAUUUUGACUCUGUGGACCACCCAAAUGAGUUAACCAGAGAUUUGAAUGAAAACAAUGUGUCAUUAGAUGGGAAUUGUGUCAGCAGUGGAUAUAAAAGGAACACACCCAAAACAGAGAGUCAGUUUGAGCCUCAAGCUUUAGUACAAACACCCAACAUAUCACAGAGCUGUGCGUUUCAGACAGCGGCUGGGGCAAAGGUCAAUGUCUCAUCUGAAGCCCUCAUUAGAACCAAACGUCUGUGGAAUGAAUGUGAUAAUGGUCAAAGUAAAUCUCCAGUAAUAAGAGGGAAUGGGUUGGUUCCUCCCACUAGUGGCUUUCUUGCUGCCAGUGGUAAAAUGUUGUCUGUGUCUGCGGAGGCCAUGCUGAAGGCAAAAGCUCUGUUUGACGAUAUUGGUUCUACAUCCGAUGCCAAAGAAACUUCAAAAAUAACCAAGCCGUCCAUUGCUGAAAAAUUUGAAUCUCUUUCUUACAAACAUUCAAGUCCACAUCCUCAACUUCCAACUUACCAUUCAAGUGAAACCUCAUUUCUAAACAUGGAGUCUAAGGAAAAUUGUACUAGUAGAAAUGGAUUUACAACAGCCAGUGGAAAAAAGGUAAGAGUCUCAGAAGAAGCACUAAACAGGGCAAAGGGAUUGUUGUCAGAAGGAACAGAGUUGAGGAAUGGGUUGCAGGACAAUGCUCUAAGAAAAGCUUCAAUGAGCAAUAAUGGCAUUAAACCACAAGUCACAAAAAGCAACUCUGAAAACAAAAGUUCAUCACCUCGACUCACAUCAGAAAUGGGUUUUUCCACAGCAAUGGACAGCAAUGUAGAAACUAAAAACGACAAGGAGGGAGCACUUUUACCUCUUGAACAUUCAAUGAGCAGAUUAAACGCUCCGCCAGCUUCCAACAUUGAACAAAACUCUGGAAGUGGCUUUACUACAGCAAGUGGAAAGAAGGUAAAACUGUCCGAAGAAGCCCUGAAAAACGCUAUGAAGAUGUUGUCAUAUGAAAUUGAACUGCAUGAUGAUGAAAUCAUGACAGAGGAAAUGAAUGAGUCCAAAUUCCAGCUUGGGUCUGUGCAAUCCAAAUCUGCCAAUACUGUAAACAAAAGAUCAUCAACAAAGGAUCAUUUAGCCUCAAACCUCAACUCGCCAGUUAAGAUGGACAUAACCUUCCAAAAAGAAACACAUCCUCGCUUGUACAAAGAAGUAAAUGCUCCUCCAGUACUCGUGAACCUGGAUAUGGUUCAGCUUGGUGGCUGCACCUCCACACAACAGCAGUUCUUGGCACAGGAGGCCUUUGACUGCACCAGGGCCUUGUUGGAAGAUGAGGGCCAGGCCACAGACAGUCUGACAGUUGCCAGUUUGGAACACACCUCAACUUUGACCAGCAGAUCGGAUCAACGGCAGAACCACACAGAGCCAAAGGACGGAGGAACUGGUGAGCCCGUUCUGAAAAGGCCUUUACCUGAGGAGCCAGAUAGAGUUUGUAAUAUGGAGAAAAAGCCCAUCCCUAAUCCUGCCUGGAGCUGUCUUGGUGGUUUGUUGAAAGACAGAAGAGUUUUUCAAUACCACGUGUCACGCCAUCCAAACACCCCAAGGCCACACGGGAGCAUAAAGGAGCAGGUGAACCCAAAUCCAGUGCCCCUGACACCAGCCAGGAGAGGAGCAGCGUUUGUGCCUCCUUUCUUAAACACCAAAACCAAGAGACCUAGAGAAGAAACAGAGAAAGAAAAGGAAAAACCAUGCACGUUUGUCCCUCCAUUUAAAAAGCACAAAUCUGACCUCCAUGGAAAUGUCUCAUUAAACAAAGACAGCAGUUAUGACAAAGUGUCUUCUACCACGCACACAUUUAUACCACCCGCCCCCAAAAGACCAAACCCACAGAACGACAGCACCAGCAAACAUGGUGUAGUUCCAGAUCUUGGCCAAGUAAUCGCUCCAGAACGUGAAUUUGUUAAAUCUGUUGAGAAGGAGGAACUCAGUCCGAUCAUUCCCAAUCCAGAAAAGAGGCAGGAUGUCGAGGACACAGCAGAGGCUCCAAGUCACGAGACUCUGGGGAGCAUUGGUGAUCUGGCUCGGAAUUUGCAGGACAUGAGGAUCAGGAAGAAGUUGAGGCAGACAAUUAAAGCUCUUCCAGGAAGCUUGUUCCUCACAAAGUCCUCCCCAGUGGAGAGGCUCUCCCUCAGGGCUGUGGUGAACGGAGAGAGCCCGCACAAGUAUAGCCACAAGCAGUUGUACCAGUUUGGGGUUGAUCAGCAGGUGUGCCACAUUACCAGUCAAAAUGCUGAAUCAUUUUGCUUCAACUUAUUGAAGUUCCACAAGCCCCAGUUCUUUUUGGAAUCAGGAGCAGUGCAGCUGGCAGAUGGAGGAUGGCUUAUUCCCCGAAGAGAUGGGACUGUGGGCAAAGAAGAGUUUUAUAAAGCCCUGUGUGACACUCCUGGUGUGGACCCCAAGUUGAUCAGUCCGCAGUGGGUGUACAACCAUUACAGGUGGAUCGUGUGGAAGCUGGCCUCUACGGAGAGGGCCUUUCCUUUGUAUAUGGGCAGUGUCUGUUUCACACCGGAGCAGGUACUUCUGCAGCUCAAGUACAGAUAUGAUGUAGAAGUGGACCAUAGCCGUCGCUCUGCUCUGAGGAAAAUCAUGGAGAAGGAUGACACCUCAGCUAAAACCAUAGUGUUGUGUGUGUGUGGAGUCUUCUCCAAUGGUCACACCAGCCCUGGACCUGCUCAGGAGGAUUGUGUCAAGCCUGAGGGCUCCUGUGCUAUUGUGUGGCUCACAGACGGCUGGUACUCUAUCAAAGCCCAACUGGACACACCACUGACCGCCAUGCUGCACAAGGGCUGCAUCAAAGAGGGGGUGAAGCUCAUGGUACAUGGGGCCCAGCUCUUGGGCUCUGAAGAGGCCUGCACCCCUCUAGAGGCACCGCACUCACUCUUCUUAAAGAUUUGUGCCAACAGCACAAGGAGGGUCAGCUGGGACACCAGACUGGGCUUUUACAAGGACCCCCGGCCCUUUGUCCUGCCCCUGUGCUCCUUGUUCAGUAAAGGAGGAGCAGUGGGCAGUGUGGACAUGCUCAUACUGAGGAUCUACCCCAUCCAGUGGAUGGAGAGAACGCCCGAUGGAGGGGUGGUGUUCCGCUCUUCCCGUGCUGAAGAGAAAGAAGCCAGGCGUUACAACAGCCACAAGCAGAAACAUCUGGAAGUCCUGUACACAAAGAUGAAAGCUCAGUUUGAAAAAGAGCACAGGGAAAGACUUCAGUCUAAGAUGAGGAGACAUACAGUGAGGCGUGAGGAUCUGGGCAGUGUUCUGGAUGGAGAAGAGCUGUAUGAAGCUGUGGGGGAUGAGCUGGCUGAUGUGGAGGCUUACCUGAGCGCGGAGCAGCUACAGUCUCUCUGUGAGUACAAGCGAUCUGUGCUGGAGAAGCGGCAGGCUGAGCUGCAGGAGCGACUGCGCAGAGCAGUGGAGGAGCCAGAGGCUGGUGAAGGCAGAUGUCCUCACCGAGACGUGUCCCCUGUGUGGAGACUCUGCAUCAGGGACUAUCUGGACCAGAGGAGCAGCAGUGUUUACCAGCUGAGCGUCUGGAGUCCAUCUUCAGAGCUCCAGGCUCUGCUGAAGGAGGGCUUUCGAUACCGCACCUAUAACCUGACAGCCUCUGAGGGGAGAACAGGAGCAGGCAGGGCCACUGUGCAGCUCACUGCUACAAGGAAGACUGUCUUCACACGUCUACAGGCCUCGUCUGACUGGCUGUCGGCACAUUUUUGGCCCCGAGCUUCAGUUAGUUUUGCAGAGCUUCAAAACCCAGACUUUGUGCCACUGUGUGGAGAGGUGGACCUCACAGGGUGCAUCGUCAGUAUCACUGAUCAGCACGGCUCUUCUCCGGUCAUGUACCUGGUAGACGAGGGCCUGAAUGUGGUAAAGGUACGUGUUUGUGGCAGCCUGGCUCGCUGUGGCUGGGAGGAUGUGGUGGAGCCGCGUGUUCUGGUGUCCUUGGGUAACCUGCAGGUCAGAAGUCAGUGUGCGUCUAACCCUCCUGUGCUAUAUGCCGGGGACAUGACCGAGCUCUCCACAAACCCCCGGGAGAUCCAUCUGCAGCAGGGACUGGGCCGCCUCAGACAAGCUUUACAGGACCAAGAUGAUUUCUUUCUGAAAGCUGAGCAGAGGCUGAUUGAAAUACUGCCCCCUGAAGGCCAAAGUUUGUCAGUUAUUGAUCCGAUAACUCCACGGUACACAAGAACCACAGCACAAGAACUAAGAACUCCAAAGUCUACCAAGAUCACAAGUCACAGUGUGGAAAACGGGAGCGCCCCUACCCCAGUGUUCAAGACCCCUGCCCGUUCAAGCCUCAGGAGAAGGAAAGCUUUGGAGCACCUCAGCCAGUACCCUCCCCCUCCUCCUCUGUCCCCUCUGAGCACCACAGUCUCACCCAGCGUCAACAAGACCUUCUGCCCCCCGCGACGCUCCCCGGCCCCCAGCCCCGCCACCGGCUCAUCUGGCCCGGUCCCUGUGGAGCAGGGCUGGGUGCGUGAUGAGGAACUGGCACUGAUUGAUACUCAGGAACUGAGAGUGGACGAUUCACUCAUGGACUGACUCUUGUGCUUCUCUGUGGCACUAAUGCACAGCACUUUGU